AUAAACUACUUUGCUAAUUCUAACAAGACUUCUUCGACAAACAGUUGUUAUCAGAAAGAAAUCAUACCAGUAUGUACGGCUAAUUUAACGUCUGAAAUGCCUGGUAGUCGUACUAAAGAACCCGCUGUUAUCCAAAGCGGCCAUAGUAGUCCAAUACCUUCACAGGGUUUACUCAUUUCGGAUAUCCAGAAUAACCCAAUUUUCCGGAAGAAAGGGGAGAGUUGUAAACAGCCUCCUCCCCCGUUAUCGGAUAUCCAAAACAACCCAAUUUUCCGCAAGAACGAGGAAAUUAACAAGCAGCAUCCGCCGCAGUUGUCAACUAAACCUCUGUCAUCUCCUAAGCCCGCGACACCACCCAAACCCUCGAUAUCCCAGAAACCCUCGCCAUCACCAAAAUCACCAGUAUCACUUCAACCCGCACCCGAAAAUGGGAUCCUUCGAUCUACCAAAAAAACGCCAGCGAGUAGUGCCCCCGCUUCCCCUGUUGGAUUCAUGUUACCCGAACCAGAGUCAAGGUGGGACGGAUCGCCAGCCGAUCAGAGAACGGAGACGUUGAAACUGACGAUGCCAGAAACUAGAAGAAGAUCUGGAUUGAGAAAGUUAGCCUUCUGGAGGUGGAGCUGUCUUUCUUGCAAAACGCAGAAAUCGUCUUCGCCCCCUCCCCCUGACCCGGCCCGCAUGGCGAAGAGAUCAAAGUCGUUCUCAAAGACCAUUCUGAAGAAAGAGAGUGUCGUGAAAUUGCCUCCCCAACAACUCUUCCAGCUCGAACAUGAGUCAUCAUGGCAAGUCACACAGGAUUUAAUAGCACUGAAGCAAGAGGGAUCAUACAAAGGCAUCACCAAAGAAGAAGCAGAUGCUCUCCUCAUCAAAUACGAGCUGGGCACGUAUCUAUUGCGACCGAACAACACAUGUAGUGGAUUCUGUCUCUCCUAUGUGGUGUCCAAUGAUAGAAUAGAACACACUGACAUCACCAGAGAGGGAGACCACGAAACCGAAGUGUUCAAACUCCCCGGACAAGAUAACACGCCGUACAAAUCUCUGAUGGAAGUUGUGGACAUGGGGAGGAACAGCGGCUUCGCAAUCCAGAUCAGCGGCUCCAAUAUGACCUUCUUCUUCCUCAACCCCCCCUCUGACAUGGCACUCAAGGACAAAGUAUCCCCAGUGGAUAAUAUGUUCAGAUAGAUGAGAUACAGAUUUAGAUUCAUGACUAGAUGAAGCCAUGUAUAUAAAACGAAAAAAAAAAUGGAGACCCCUUCCCCACUCUCAUAACCCAAUUCUGACUAGGACGAGAAUCUGGGGAAAAAAUCAAGCCAAGGCUACAACAUCAGCCUCGCCUCUAGAUGAUCGUCUCCCUCUAGAUCUGAUGCCCGCGAUUCCUUCCUUUCUUCGAAUUCGUAUUUUUCUCAAGAUUGAAACAAAUUUGAACUUACUCCUCAAGAGAGAUUAAAUUGUUAAUGAACGGAAUGCUGAAAUUAUUUACUGAAGACAAUUUAUAUAUUCGUAUAAUCUUUAGUUUAUCUUUGUGUAAAUUGAUAGGAGUAAUUAAAACA